AUGUCAACAGAUUUAAAUAUAGUAAAGGUCACAAAACCACAGGAAAAAAGUGAACAUUUCAUACACAAAAACUCAAACAUAUGCAAUGAAACUGUACAGCCACAUACAGAAGAGGAACAAGCUACUGAGAAUAUUCCCGAGAGCCAUACUCGCGAUGCAAAUAAACAGGCGGCUAGCAGGGGUCGACUAAACUUCAAGACAGUAGAUCAUGUUGGAGCUUAUCCACUAAUACAAGAAACAGAAGAAAUUGCUAAUAAGGUGGCUAUCACGAGAAUUAUUUUAUCACAAACAAAGCCCAGAAUACAAAAGGUGAUAAUAUCAAGACCUGUUCAAACUGUGGCGCCAGUAAUCAAUUUUUUUGACAAAGUAGCCAAUUCAACAUUAAAUACUAUGGAACGUGUUGUUCCUUCCUUAAAAACAAAGACAUAUCAAAGACUAGGUGAAGAAAUUGCACUACCCUAUACCAUGUCGAAAAAGUAUGGAAAACUGUUUAAGGAUACGACUACAAGAAAUGGAAACACCUAUAUUUACCAACCUGUCCAUGGAAGGUUGGUAAGAUUUAGGAAGUACUAUAAUGAAAAAUUCAUAGACACAAAAGGCAAACCUUUGGUCAGAGGGCAGCUUGACCCCGUUUUAUUACCAGUCAACAAUGCGUUUGAAAAGGCAACAGUAAAAUAUUUACCCAAAGGCCAAAAGGUUCCAAAUGAUACCUUUUGCUGUGAGUUUAAUAGAUGUUUAGCCCUAGAUUACAAUUUCAUGACAAGGGCAGUUUCUGCUGCAAGCCAUCAAAUUGUUGAUAUUGCAAAACUACCUUUGGUCUAUGGAUGGCAUACAAAUACCGUCUAUAAUAAAAAUUUAGACAAACAAGAUGACUUGAGAAUGAAAAAUGUUUUGAAAGGUACUUGGGAUACGAUAAAUGAUUUAGAACACGAAAUAUGGGUUUCUGUUACUGAUGGGAGUUUAUUCAAAUUUUUUGGUAACAAAUCGAAGGGAGACGAUUUACCACAGUUAAUACAGUAA